GAAGUGCACGUGUGCGAUUCCGCUCCACAUGGCGGUGCUCCUGAAGAGGUUGCUGCGGGCGGGGAGGGCCCCGGCGGCCUUCGGCCGUUCAGUGGUACGGCUGGAAGCCAGCCUGGGCACUGAGCCCGGGGCUGCGGUGCGAGUGAGGUUCGCCCCCAGUCCCACAGGCUUCUUGCAUCUGGGCGGACUCCGCACUGCCUUGUACAACUACAUCUUUGCUAAGAAGCAUGGAGGAAGCUUCAUCCUGAGGCUGGAGGACACAGACCAGACCCGCCUUGUGCCUGGGGCUGCAGAGAACAUUGAAGACAUGCUGGAGUGGGCAGGCAUUGCCCCUGAUGAGAGCCCUCGCCGAGGAGGUCCAGCGGGGCCCUACCAGCAGUCUCAGCGACUUGAGCUUUACUCCCAGGCGGCCGAAGCUCUGCUGAAGACCGGAGCAGCGUAUCCCUGUUUCUGUUCAACACAACGGCUGGAGCUCCUGAAGAAGGAGGCCCUGAGGAACCGCCAGACACCCCGAUAUGACAAUCGGUGCCGGAACCUGAGCCAGGCGCAGGUGGCCCAGAAGCUGGCCAAGGACCCCAAGCCUGCUAUCCGCUUCCGCCUAGAGGAGGAGGCGCCAGCUUUCGAGGACCUGGUGUAUGGCUGGAAUCGGCAUGAAGUGGGCAGCGUGGAGGGGGACCCUGUCAUCCUGAAGAGCGAUGGCUUCCCCACCUACCACCUGGCCUGUGUGGUGGACGACCACCACAUGGGCAUCAGUCAUGUGCUGCGGGGCUCAGAGUGGCUGGUCUCCACUUCCAAACACCUGCUUCUCUACCAGGCCCUGGGCUGGCCGCCACCUCACUUUGCCCACCUGCCCCUGCUCCUCAACCGGGAUGGCAGCAAACUGUCCAAGAGGCAAGGGGACAUUUUCCUGGAGCAUUUUGCAGCUGCCGGCUUCCUGCCCGAUGCCUUGCUCGACAUCAUCACCAACUGUGGCUCAGGGUUUGCAGAUAACCAGAUGGGCAGGACCUUGCCGGAGCUGAUAACACAGUUUGACCUGUCCCGGGUUACCUGCCAUUCAGCCUUGCUGGACCUGGAGAAGCUCCCAGAAUUCAACCGGCUGCACCUCCGGCGGCUGGUGAGCAGUGAGACGCAGCGACGCCGGCUGGUGGGAAGGCUGCAGGCCCUCGUGGAGGAGGCAUUCGGGAGCCAGCUGCGGGACAGAAGCGUCCUGGACUCUGCCUAUGUGGAGAGAAUCAUUCUACUGAGACAGGGUCACGUUUGCCGCCUGCAGGAUUUGGUCUCCCCAGUGCAUGCCUAUCUGUGGACGCGCCCCACUGUGGGCCGAGCGCAGCUGGACGCCAUCUCGGAGAAGGCGGAUGAGAUUGCCACGCGCGUGCUGCAGCUCUUCGAAGGAACUGGUACAAGCUUAACUCAGGAUGUGCUGAAUGGAGAACUGAAGAAGCUGUCAGAAGGUCUGGAAGGCACCAAACACAGUAAUGUGAUGAAGCUCCUCCGAGUGGCCCUGAGUGGACAGCUGCAAGGACCACCUGUAGCUGAGAUGAUGGUGUCCUUGGGACCAAAGGAAGUGCGGGAACGAAUACAGAAGGUGCUUUCCAGCUAGAGAGAAAUACGUGCUGUGGUGGAGGUGGCCUAAGAACCUGGACGCGUGAAGGCUGCUUCGGAGAGGAGGAGGAGGAGACCUGGGGCCUCUCAGGAAGCUUGAGGAAGGAACCAAGAGUGGAAACAGUCUUCAUCCCUUUGAGCACAUUAUGGCUCCACCACAGGCCCAUCCUCGUAGGUUGGCUGAGGAGGUGCAGCCCCAAGGAGGUGCUGCACCAAGGAAGUGCAGAGUCAAGCAACUCCUUGACUCUGGAAGGGAGGCCUCCUGUCCGGUGACAGACAUCACAUAGCAAAGGUUAGAAACUGCUUCCCAGAGCAAUUGGAGGGCUUCUGCUUUGGUCCACAUGGGCUGCCGGAACAAAACACCACAGACUGGGGGCUUAAGCAACAGAAAAUUUUUUUCUCACAGUUAUGGGGGCUGGAAGUGCAAACUCAAGGCCUCAGAGGUGUUGUUUUUCCAGAGGCCUCUGUCCUUGGCUCGCGGAUGUCUGCCUUCUGGGUGUGUCCUCACCUGGGCUUUCCUCCUGCUGCCUCUGGUAGCCCUCUGGGUGUCCUCUUGUAAGGACACCAGCCAGCUUGGAUUAAGGCUCCCUUACCAGCUUCCUUUUAACUUAAUAACCUCUUUAAAGGCCCUUUAACCAAAAUAUGUCACAUUUUGAGGUGCUGAGAGUUAGGGCUUCGACAUAGCAAUUUUGAGGAGACAAUUCAGCCCACAACCCAGCAGCAGCCAACUUGUGGAUCCUGUUUCUCAGACACUGUUCGGAUUCAGAGCCAUGAAGGACGGGACUGACACAAGCAGGGCCGAACCGAUGCCAGAUUUCCUUGGGGAUUGUAAAGGGAGAAGCUACUCACCUGCCCAAGGGAGACGUGUUUUAUAUUGUUCGUCCUUGGACUUGGGGCAGCCUUUGUCUCCCUUCCCUCAGGAUCAUCUGUUCCUCUCUUCCAGUUCUCCAGACUUGGCCCUUGGGCUGGAGACCUUCACCUGCCUGUCUUGCCUCUUUCUUCACAUCCACCUCCUUCCACUCAUUACUUGUAAGUCACUCUCUGCUUGUUUCUGUGUGAGAUGUUCUGGGGGUGAAUAGCAAGAACUAAAGUGAAUAGAGGAUGAUGAAUGACCCCCAAGGCCCCCUACAGGGCCGCUGAGCACCCCCCCGUGUGACAGCCAGACUGAGAUGGCUCCCGUCAGCCCUUCCCCCUGUGAAUAGGGCUCAUGGCUUCCGUCUGUUCCUGGGACACCUUACCCAUGGGGAAAGCCAGUUUCCACAUCAUGAAGAUACUCAAGCAGCCCUUGUUGAGGGGUCUGUGUGACCAGGAGCUGAGCCAUCCUGCCAACAGCCUUCAGAAGGAGCUGCCUUGGAAGCUCAUCCUUCAGAUGAAAGCAGCCCUGGUUGACUGCGACCCUUGGGGAAGAUCUUGAGCCAGAACCACUCUCAGACUUCAGACACACACAGAUUAUGAGAAUAAAUGUUUAUUGUUUAAAGCCACUUGGUUUGGAGAUAAAUUGUUACCCAGUAAAAGCAGGUAUGUUUACCUCGCCUGGGGAAGUAUGUAUAGGGGGCUCAGAGUUUGCUGAGCCACCUGGAGACCUAAGUCUUUGCAUGAAAAGGCAGAUAAAGUUCUCUGACUACAAGCAACAGAAACCAACUAGCCUAACUUAAGUUUAUUGGGGACUAUCACUUUAUGGAGAGUUUAUGGGAGUCAAAAAAUGUACGGGAAAGCCAAAUCCAGGUCUUGGAAGAGACAGGAACUAGAGGAGCUCAUCUGCGUUCUUCAGGACGGACACACUUGGAAAAGUAUUCCACGCAGAGGUGAAAAAGAGAACUACCCAGCAUUCCCCAUGAUCAGAGCGAGGGUAGCUGGGGGAGCAGUAGACAUGGUUGAGAAAUGCAGCAGAGGGGAAAUCCAAACUGCCCACUUUUCCACCCGCCUUUCAGGGUGCCAUCUGAUGCAAGUCACGAAAUCUAGAUUCAAACCAGCUUAAAGAAGAGUCAGUGUCCUACAUAACAGGAAGUUGGGGGGGGGCGGGCAGGCUUGGUUAAUUAAGUGUUCAGUGACAUCAGUGUGGCCCCAGGGUCUUUCCAUCUCUGCUCAGCUGACUCCAGCAUCUGCAGCAGCGUGGAGCGGGUUCCUUCUGCUCACAGUUCACUGCUAGAGCAGUCAGCCUCCCUGCAUGUUCUCCUUCUUUGGGGCUCUCUCCCUGAAGGUGAGGAGCUCUUCAAGCGCCCUCCUCCACCAACUUCCUUCUUCUUGAACCCAUCUUGAACCCCGUCGUUCUCGGGAAGCGGGAGUUCCGGUAGAGCAGUCAGGCCCAUGCCCGGGGCAGGGCCAGCUCUUCCUGAGGGUCUUGAUGGGGUCUGCAAAGAACCUGGAAAACCUCAACAAAGCAGGGGUUCAGUUAGUGAAGAUGAGUUGGAUUUUUUUUUUUCCUUUACAUUUUAAAAAGAGGUUUAUUAGGGAAAAGAGAAAGAGAAACACCUGCGUAGUCUCAGGCGGGCAGGCGAGCUGCUGCUGCUUUGCAGAGGGAAAUAGUUUGCAGGGGGAAAAAAAAAAAACAAAAAACACCUUCCCAGUCACAGGUGGACAGGAGCUGCCAAAUUGGGUCUUUAUGAGGUGCAAGGUGUGGGAGCCAUUGAAAUGUUUUAAGCAGGGAAGUGACCGGAUCAGAUUUGUAUUUUUCUGUGAGAUCAUUUUGGCAGCUAUAGUGAGAGGUUUGAACAUGGUCAGAAGAAGGGUGCCCCAUGGGCCUCCCUGGUGGUGCAAGAGGUUAAGCACCGCACUAUGAAGCAAUCCGCAACCUCUGCAGCACGAGUUCGAUCCCCAGCAGGCCAGGGAGUUACCCACAUGGCGCAGCAGACCUCUCCUGUCUUGCCUGCUGCUCCCCUCAGCAGUGUGUUUCAGUUAGUCUGCCUGUUCUGUUCCCCGCUCUGUCUCUGGUCAGUCCUCUCACCCCCCGCAUCUCUGGCCUGUACCCCAGCUCUUGUAUGCAUAAAUAAAUAAGUCUUCAAAAAAAGAAAAGAAAAGGGCGCCCCAGGAGGAGAUGACAGGCACAAAGGGAGGUUCUUGUCAUGCUCAAACCCCAUUUCUUCUCCGUAGCCUGACCUUUGCCUGGUUUAGCUUCACCCAUUCCUGCCUCGCACACACCCUCUUCUCUGUUCUGCCACCUGAGCCUUCUUGAGGUCCCUGCCUCCCUGCUACUCUUCUUUCUAGAAUGCUGUCAGCCACUCCUUUUUCUUCCCCUUUGCCAAGUGACUUCUGUUUUAGCCUUCAGAUGUCAGCUCCACUUUCAUCUCUGACUUCCUGCUGGAAGGUCAUCUUCCUCUGUCCUUAAUCAUCAGCAUCUUUUUCUCUUCCACAGCACACAAUUGGAAUUGUGUAAAUAACGUGGUUGUGUAAGAUAAAAGAUCCCAUGAGAACAGGGACCUUAUCUGUCUUGUUCACCACUGUACCCCCCAUCCUAAGAAUGGGGCCUGUUUACAUAGCAAGUGCACAGAGACAUCUCUGAUUAAAUCGUAUGGUCAGUACAUGAGUCAAGUGUCCCCAGGCUGACUGCCACAGUCACUGUAUUAAGUUUAGAAAAAAGAUGACAGGCCCACAAUGGAGUCACCUAUGCUAAGCCCCAUAUCAGCAAACAGACUGAAUUAUAGCUUCAGCCUCUUCAAGAAACAAAAUCUGAAACCAGCCAAUCAGGAACUGCCCAACCAGGCUCCUGCCAUCCCCAAGAGGAAAGGGACCUUGCCACACCCCAUCUGCCUUUUGCUCAUACCCCUGUGGUCCCGCUUCUCUUCUGCUCACUACGGACUGCUCCUCAAAUGCCUUCCAUCUGCUAGAUUGGAUGCUGCCUGAUUCGUGAAUCAUUGAAUAAAGUCAGUAAGAUCUUUAAAACUCGCUCAUCUGAAUGUUGUUUUUUAAUGUUAUUUUCAUUAGUGAAUCACACGAUGCCAAUGUUUUUUAAUUCAGAAGUCAGUACAAGUUUGACUUGGCACUUGUUCAUUACGAGCCUGGGGGUGCUCUGCAAACUUAUCCUUUAUAUCUGGGCAGAAUGUUAGGAUCACAGCUUUUCUGUCCAGGUCAGAGCCCCCUCAGCUUUGAUCCCCAACAUCUUUCUCUCAGCUGACUGUGGGACAGUCCAGCCCAGGUUGCAGGGGGAGCUUUCUCUAUCUAGAGAACCCCUUUGGGCCAAGUCCAUUCUAUCCUGUCUUCAUUCAUUUGGCAAACAUCUGAUGUGUGCCAGACCCUGCAAGACGAGGUCUCAUUGGUAGUGGCAGCUCAGUCCAUAGAUGUUUGUUUCAUUCAUUCAUUCAAUUUCUAAGCGUUAAAAAAAAAAAGAGAAAAGGUAAACGCCCUGCCUCAAAGAGAUCAGUCUCCUGGGAGACGAACAAUCACUCAUAUGAGUGUGGAUGUGGUAACAAAAGUGUUACAGGGCAGCCCCGAACAAGGUGAUAGAGGAAUACAGAUCUCCUGGUGUGGGGCAGGCAGAC